UUCUCUACUAAAUACACUGGAAAGAGAACAGCCACGACAUGCCCUGUAACCCGGAAGUGAUUUGUUGUUUUGAUCGCAUGCAUUUCGUGACAUUGUGACAUACCUACGGCUGUCGCUGUAAACGCAUGCUGCUGUGUGAGUGGAGUGGAAACUUCACAGUUUCAUUUUUUACAAUUCUACAGUAAUUUCUCAACUGAGAUCAUGGCAGCAAUUUUCACACCCACCAACCAGAUUCGGCUGACAAAUGUAGCGAUUGUCAGGAUGAAAAAAGCGGGGAAACGCUUCGAAAUCGCCUGCUACAAAAACAAAGUCAUGUCGUGGAGAAAUAAAGUGGAGAAAGACAUUGAUGAGGUUCUACAGACUCACACAGUCUUCACCAAUGUAUCCAAAGGACAAGGAGCAAAGAGGGAAGAUUUGAUGAAAGCUUUCAAUACAGAGGACCAGACAGAAAUAUGCAAACAGAUUUUAGCUAAAGGUGAGCUCCAGGUUUCAGAGAAAGAGCGACAGCAGCAGCUGGAGUCCAUGUUCCGUGACAUCGCUACAAUUGUUGCCGAGAAGUGCGUCAAUCCAGAGACCAAGAGGCCAUACACUGUGGGAAUGAUAGAGCGGGCCAUGAAAGAUGUCCACAUAUCGGUGAAACCAAACAGGGGCACCAAACAACAGGCACUUGAUGUCAUCAAGAAGUUGAAGGAGACGGAAACGAUGCCCAUCGACCGUGCCCAGAUGAGGCUAAGGAUCACGCUGCCCAUCAAGGAAGGCAAGAAAGUCAAGAGUAAACUGAAGACGUUGAUUAAGACCUUGGAGAGGGAGGAGUUUGGGGAGGAACUCGAGAUGGUUUGUCUGGUCGAUCCCGGGUGCUACCGUGAGAUGGAUGAGUUGGUACGCUCCAGCACCAAGGGGCAGGGAACCGUGGAAGUCUUGGAUCUCAAAGAUGUUGAGGAAGGAGACGAGAGAUUAGAAUGAGAAGAUUGCGGACAAUUCUCCGGAGGAAACUCUAGUGCCUUGCACAAAAAGAACGAGGUUGAGGGUCUCAAUGUUCCGUUGUAUUCAGAGCAUCAAUCAUGAGAACAAAGUCUGUGGUCAGAAUCACACAUUAUUUUAUGGGAGCAAUUGGGGAUAUCAACCUUGUUCUUAAUCAUCUUGCCGCUAUGUGAUAUCUCCCAUCAUGCUUUGCUUCAAUUUACUUGAACUUUGACCCUGUUUUAUGCAGUAUGAUUUGUUAAUCAUAAAUCAUUGGGCAAGUUCAGUUACGCAUCUUGCUGAGCGGUGCUUUCCCCUAGGCCCAUCAGAUGCCUUGUUUGGCCUUUCUCCAGUCGAAUGAAACAUGGCACAUUUUAUUCAGCAAAUAUUGGCCCUUUCUCUCAUUUUGGAAGCUUUUGUUAUUAUGCUAGUUAAUGAUGUAAAAAUAUGCACCAAAUUCCCUUUCCUCCAAAAAAAUUAAUGUUUGAAAAAUGCAA